CGCCGAGCCCGCUGCGGGGCCGCUGGCUCUGCCUGCUGGCCGGCGCCCUCGCCUGCGCCCUCCGCCCCGCGAGCGUCUGGGCGACCAGGCUGAACUGGGAGUUGUGUGACUACAAGCUGAUGAUCGAGGCCGAGCAGGAGCAGUGCCUGGAGGAGAUCCAGGUGGAGAAUGACACAGCAGGCUGCAGCAAGAUGUGGGACAACAUCACCUGCUGGCCGGCCACCCCUCGGGGCCAGGUGGUCGUCAUGGCCUGCCCCCCCAUCUAUAAUUUCUUCUCCCCUCUUAAAGGCCUCAACGUGAGCCGCAGCUGCACGGACGAGGGCUGGGCAGAAAUGGAGCCUGGCCCCUACCCCAUUGCCUGUGGCUUGGAUCACAAGGAAACGGAUUUGGAAGAGGCGCAGGAGAUAGUGUUCUACGAUUCCGUGAAGACUGGCUACACCAUCGGCUACAGCCUGUCCCUUGCCACCCUGCUAGUUGCCAUGGCCAUCUUGAGCCUGUUCAGGAAGCUCCACUGCACCCGGAACUACAUCCACAUGCACCUCUUCAUGUCCUUCAUCCUGAGGGCUGUCUCCGUCCUCAUCAAGGACCUGAUCGUCUUCGACAGCUACGAAUGGGAAAACUGCGUUGUGGCCUCGGUGGGCUGUAAGGCAGUCGUGGUCUUAUUCCAGUACUGUGUCAUGGCCAACUUCUUCUGGCUGCUGGUGGAGGGCCUCUACCUGUACACCCUGCUCACGGUCUCCUUCUUCUCCGAGCGGAAGUACUUCUGGGGGUACAUACUCAUCGGCUGGGGGGUGCCCAGCACAUUUACCAUGGUGUGGACCAUCAGCAAGAUCCAUUUUGAGGAUUUGGGAUGCUGGGACACCAUCAGAGCCUCAUCAUUGUGGUGGAUCCUAAAGGUCCCCAUCCUCACAUCCAUCUUGGUGAACUUCAUCAUGUUUAUUCUCAUUGUCCGAAUCCUGGUUCAGAAACUGCAGCCCCCAGACGUGAGGAAGAAUGAAAAAAGCCCAUACUCGAGGCUGGCCAAGUCCACGCUGCUGCUGAUCCCCCUCUUCGGAGUGCACUACACCAUGUUUGCCUUCUUCCCCGACAACUUCAAGCUUGAAGUGAAACUGAACUUCGAGCUGGUCGUGGGGUCUUUCCAGGGUUUCGUGGUGGCUGUGCUGUACUGCUUCCUCAAUGGCGAGGUGCAGGCGGAGCUUCGGCGCAAGUGGCGGCGCUGGAACCUACAGGGCAUCUUGGGCUGGGGCCCCGAAUACCAGUACCCGUCAGGAGGCAGCAGCGGGGCCACGUGCAGCACACAAGUCUCCUUGCUGACCCGCGUCAGCCCCAGCGGGCGCCGCAGCUCCAGCUUCCAGGCCGAGGACUCCCUGGUCUGACGCCAGGCUCCCAGGGGCCCACAGAGGCCCCACUCACCCGCACGCACCCAC